GUAUGUUUUAUCGUAUAGAAAACUUUCCUGACGACGUCAUGAUAAGAGGCCGGCAAACCUAUUUUCUUCAGAUUAGUGAGAAGGGUGAGAUCGUCAUCUCAAAGUCUUGAUUAAUAAAAACUCAAUUGUUUAAUCCAGUCGAAUAUGAGCUCAAAUGCUAUAAACCCGGCGCCGUUGCUUAGAGUUCCAAAGCGUGUACAAGUCACUUUGCAUCUUCAAAGCAAUCCAUGAAAUUUUCAUAUCUAUAACUUCUAAACAGCGAUAGAGGAAACGGUUUUGCUUCAGACUCUGAGCUGGACGAAAGGAUAAAGGUAAUCAUUAAAAAAUCGAAAAACAGUUUUUUUUUGUUUCAUGGGUUCUCUAAUGCAAUCUGAGCUAGAGAUUGAGAAAAAACCAGCGGGGAUUCGAUUCUUGGAAGGGAUCAAAGGCUCAAAGCUCUCUUACAAUGCAUACCAAGCAAUAGUCUUGAUCGUGACGUUCCUCGCUUACGCUAGCUACCACGCCGCAAGAAAAACAACAAGCAUUGUGAAAAGCGCGCUUGACCCACAAUCUCCACAUCAUACAGAGCUUAACUCUCUCCUUUUAAGAUUCACUUCGUUUCGUUCAUCCGGACACGACCUAGAAGAUGGUGGUUGGGCUCCGUUUAACGGACCAAACGGAACGGUUCUGCUCGGCGAGAUCGACGUCGCGUUUCUUGCGGUCUACGCUUUCGGUAUGUACUUCGCUGGACAUCUGGGAGAUAGGAUGAAUCUAAGGAUAUUCUUGACGGUCGGAAUGGUCGGGACAGGACUGUUUACGUCUCUGUUCGGUGCGGGUUACUGGGCGAGUGUUCAUAGCUUUUACUAUUUCUUGAUAAUGCAAAUGCUCGCUGGUCUGUUUCAGUCCUCUGGUUGGCCUUCCGUUGUUGCCGUGGUGGGAAACUGGUUUGACAAGAAGAAGAGAGGACUGAUCAUGGGAGUAUGGAACGCGCACACUUCUGUCGGGAACAUUACUGGCUCGUUGAUCGCUGCUGCCAUGUUGAGAUAUGGUUGGGGAUGGUCUUUUGUGGUUCCCGGUGUGGUUAUUGCGUUGAUCGGGUUGGUGAACUUCGCUUUCUUGCCUGUGGAUCCUGAGAUUGUUGGAGCAGAGAGGGACGAGGAUGUUGAUUCAUCAAAUGAGAAGAUUGGUAAUGUGCCCUUGCUCUUGAGCUCAUCGGACUCCGAAACCGAUGAUAAGAAACGAGCUGUUGGAUUCAUUGAAGCGUGGAGGAUCCCUGGAGUUGCGCCUUUCGCUCUCUGUCUCUUCUUUGCUAAGAUGGUCGCUUACACUUUCCUCUACUGGCUCCCUUUUUACGUUAGUCACACAGCGAUUGAAGGAGAGUAUUUAUCAGACGAAACAGCGGGAAAUCUAUCGACAAUGUUUGAUGUAGGAGGUGUGGUCGGAGGAAUCAUGGCCGGUUACAUUUCAGACAGAAUUGGAGCAAGAGCUAUAACAGCUGCGAGUUUCAUGUACUGCUCGAUUCCGGCUUUGUUCUUCUACAGGAGCUACGGACACGUGUCGUUACUAGCCAACGCGUCUCUCAUGUUCUUAACCGGGAUGUUGGUUAAUGGACCUUACGCUUUGAUCACGACGGCUGUUUCAGCUGAUCUCGGGACGCAUAGCUCGUUGAAAGGAAACUCGAGAGCUUUGGCUACGGUGACGGCUAUAAUAGACGGAACGGGAUCAGUUGGAGCGGCGGUUGGGCCGUUGCUAACGGGUUAUAUUUCGUCGAGGAGUAGCUGGACGGCUGUUUUCACCAUGUUGAUGGGAGCUGCGUUUGUGGCCGGACUUUUGCUGACGAGGCUCGUGAUUGCCGAAGUAGCGGCUAAGAUAGUUGAGUCGAGGCCGUCGGAAUCAGAUUGUGGAUCUCCUGUGGACUAUCAAGGUCGUGUGCUAGAUGUGUGACCAGCUUUGAUCGCCAUCUUUUUUUGUUGUGUUUUGGUCAGAGGAAAGAUUCGGACCGGGGAUUUAGGACAAGAUUUGUAAACACGUAAUCUGUAUUGUGAAUGUACAUAAAUUAUAUAUUAAUAUAUCGAUCUUGAUGUGAUAAAA